GGAGAAUGAGCAAAAUGGAAAUAGUUUCCGAGUUUCUCAAAAUCUCCAAAGCAUCCGUUUCAUACACGAGUAGAGAAUGAAAGGUAAGAGCCCAUUUAAUACCCUUGAUAGAAGCAUCAAGCUCUGCCUAAUAUGGGGAAGAGCAUGCGACUUGGAAAGAGGCUGUGCAAAUGAAUCUUCCCUCCUCGUCACGAAGAAUUGCAGCACCACGCUUGAAUUUGGAAGAGAAGGAUGCACCAAUAUUGAGCUUGAGACGCCCGCUUUGGAGGAGCUAACCACUAAACCACCUAAAUCUUACCAACCCCAGAGAACUGGCAGCAAACCAGUUGCUAUAAUCCCCGGGAGAUGCAUACAAAGAAAACCAUAAAUGCUGGUGUUAUGACCCCUCAACCACCAAUUCAUGAAAUAUUGAUUGGUGGAAGAAGAAAUAAUGUGCCUUAAACCAAGACAGGUUGAGAAAUGUUGCCAGAUUCCUUCAAUCCUAGGGCAAUCAAUGAGAACAUGUUUG